AUGGCAAUUACUAAAAUAUGUACUUCAUACCAUCACAGUUAUUAUAAUAUAAAAAUUCGACCACACCUUUUAAGAAAUGGAAUUAAUUUAUUCAUGGAUAAAGGAAAAUGCUUCUAUACCAAUGAAAGAUUAUAUAACUUUGGAUUUCAAAAAGUCACAGAAGAAAUAAAAUCAAAACUUGUUUAUAACUUAUUUAGUAAGGUUUCUAAUAAAUAUGAUAUCAUGAAUGAUUUGAUGAGCUUCCGUCUACAUCGAUGUUGGAAAGAUCAAUUUAUAAAAGAAUUAGAUUUAUUUUUAAAAUUUCAGUGUUAUAAUAUAAAACAAACAAAUAUAAAUGAUUCUAUAAAUGAUUCUAUAAAUGACUCUAUAAAUGACUCUAUAAACGACUCUAUAAACGACUCUAUGAAUGUAGACCCAUAUAAUACUCCCCCUAAUGAUGAAAGUAUGAACCAAAAUAUAUCAUCAAAUCAUAACGAAAAAAUAAAAAAUUUAAAAGCAAAUAAAUGUAAAAUAUUAGAUUUAGCUGGUGGGACAGGUGAUAUAGCUUUUCGAAUUUUAGAAAGAUAUAAAUAUUUCUUGGAAAAAAUAAGAAUAUUUGAUAAUAAAAAUAAUUAUAAUAAUAUAUCAGAAGAAUUUUAUAAAAACCCAUUAAUAAAUAUAAUUGUUUGUGAUGUAAAUAAUGAUAUGAUUAAUGUUGGAAUAGAAAAAGCAAAAAAUUUAAAUUUAAAUAAAAAUAUAACAUGGCUAGUUGAAAAUGCAGAAGAGUUAAAAUCUAUAGAAGAUAAUUCAAUAGAUGUAAUUACCUUAUCAUUUGGAAUAAGAAAUUUUACAAAUAUUUCUAAAGCAUUGAAUGAAAUGUAUCGUGUUUUAAAACCAGGGGGAAGACUUCUUUGUUUAGAGUUUAGUAAAUUAGAAUGUAAUGUUAUAAAUACAUUUUAUAAAUUUUAUUUAAAUAAUUAUAUUCCACUACUUGGAAAAUAUAUAGCAAACAAUGAACAUGCAUAUAAAUAUCUUGCUGAAAGUAUACAAACAUUUUUAACACCAAAUGAAUUAUCUCAAUUGAUGUGUCAAUGUAAUUUUAAAAAUAUUUCAUAUACAACUAUGACAUUUGGUAUUGUUGCAAUUCAUUCUGCUUAUAAAUUAAAUUAA